AUGGCUAAAACCCAAAAGGACUUGAAAGGCUGGCAAUAUUUUCUCACUCUGGAUGAAGACGUGCUGCAAAAUGAAGUAAUUGAAGUUAAAUCCGAUGAAGAACCAAAAACACCUUCGAGAAAAACUAGACGUUCAAGAGUGUCAACUCCUCAAAAAAAUCUGAAUCCUAAAUCCAAUUUGAAAUUGACAAGAGAAUCAGAUAACUUGAAUCUUCAAGUCGGUGAUGUUAUUCUUGUUGAUGAAAAGGGCUCGGACAUCCCGGGAAUUGCUAUCAUCAAAGAAAUUCAAUUUGGUGUUCUAAACUUCAUAGACAUUGUUGUUACUUGGUUUAUAAGAAUGGAUAACGUUGAAUUUAAUGAUUUACCUAAAGUUUCUGAAUAUUCAGACUCGGGGAAGCUUUUGAAAAACGAAAUCUUCGCCACCUCUUACCAAGAUGACAUUUUUUUGAAACAAGUUAUUGAUAAAGCGGUGAUUGUGACUAAUCAAGAGUUAGAAAAAGAUUUAAUCAUUGACAAUUCCAAUGAAGACUCUACAUUUAUGUGUAGACGUGGUUGUGAUCAAUGGGCAGAAAUAUUCACUGAAGAAUUCGAUUUCAGAGAAUGGCAUGAUUCUUUCAAAACAGACCCUACUCAAGCCCUCAAGCUUAUCAAUUCACAAACUAUUCCUAAAGCAUAUAAAGAACCUAAGGCGAGCCCCCAGAAGAAAGUUAAACAGGAACCUUCAACCCCCAGUAAAAAAAGAAUCAGCAAAACAAUGACACCUUCGAAAGUUCAAAUAGAACUCCAGAAAGCAAAAGAAGAGAAUGACCACGAUAGCGGUGAUGGUGAUGAGAAAAGUCCCGGUGUUCAAGAUGAUUCAGACGAAGAUGCGGAAUUGGAUGAAGAAGACUCAGAUGAAGAAGAUUCGGAAGCUGGAGAUUCGGACUUGGAUGAGACAGAUGAUGAUGAAUUCGGUUCUAAUCUGAAAGGCAAAAAGAGAACCAAAAAAACUCAAAAGCAAAAAACUCCAGCGAAACGAAAACGUCAAGCCAAACCAUUAACUUCUACCAAUAAUUCACCUGUUAAAAUACCUAAAAUUGGUAAGAGAAGAGUUGUAGUAAAGCCAGAUGUUUCCAAACUUAACUUACCUACCUUAUCACCAAGAAAACCAAAACAAGUAGCUAAAACUCUUCUGGUUGAUCCUUCUUCUGAAAGUUUUAAACAAGUGAGAGCAAGACUUCACGCGUCUACAAGAUUGGCCGAACUUCCAUGUCGUACCGAUGAAUUCACAGCAAUUUAUGUUAAUCUAGAGAAUGCAAUUAGCGAAGGAACUGGGUGUUGCGUCUACAUAAGUGGUACUCCAGGGGUUGGUAAAACCGCUACUAUAAGAGAAGUUAUUGAACAAUUAAAUGAUGCAAAGAAAGAAGAUAUAACAGGUAAUUUUGAUUUUGACUUUCUCGAAAUCAAUGGUUUAAAACUAUUAACACCAAGUGUUGCAUAUGAAAAGCUUUAUGAAAAAAUUAGUGGACUAAAAGUUAGUGCUUCAAAUGCAGCUCUACUUCUCGAGGAACAUUUCAAAAAUGAAGAAGAAGAAAGAAAGCCUCUUGUCGUUCUCAUGGACGAAUUGGAUCAAAUCGUCACUGCCAGACAGAACGUGAUGUAUAAUUUUUUCAAUUGGCCCACAUAUGCUAAUUCCAAAUUAAUUGUAAUUGCAGUGGCCAACACCAUGGACUUGCCUGAAAGAGUUUUGUCAAAUAAAAUUUCUUCGAGAUUAGGGCUCAGAAGAAUUCAAUUUGUUCCCUAUAAUGUUGAUGAAUUAGCAAUCAUCAUUAGAAAUAGAUUAGUUCAUUUUACAAAACAAUCAAGAAAAAGGGUAGUGUUUGAUGAACCAGCCAUUGAAUUUGCUUCGAAAAAGGUCGGUAUAAUUGUUGGGGAUGUCAGAAAAGCCCUCAUGGUUUGUCGUAGAGCAGUUGAAAUGGUUGAACAGGCUUAUGUAAAAUUCAAGCAAGAAGAUAGUGAGUCAAACAAUGGUGCAAAAUUUGAAUUGGAAGAUAAAGAAUUAGAAGAACAAAGUCUUGAAAAUAAUCUCUUAAAAAUUGAAAAUGGUAAAAUCGUCGUCAGAAUGAGAGAUAUAGCAAGAGCCUUCAAUGAAUCAAAUAAUUCACCCGCACGUAUUUUUAUCAGAACUUUACCCUUUGCAUCAAAACUAGUAUUAGCAAGCUUGUUGUUGAGAAUGAAAAGAUCCGGUUUGGCAGAUAAUAGUCUAGGUGAUAUCAUCGAUGAAAUGAAAAAUUCUUUAGCCAUGCUAACGUCAAAAGAAAGCAGUGAGCUACUUUCAAAAGCCGACUCAAAAGCUUCUUUAAUGACCGUUCUUUAUGGCAAUUUCUAUAAUUUGUCUAAUGGGUUGCAAAAAAAUAAGAUAAGGAUUGCAAAUUUCAGACACAUUGUUACAGAAUUGGUUGAAAACGGUAUUUUGAUUGAACAAAAUGUUCGAAGUGAAAGACACAGGCUUGUUAGUCUUAACGUUACCAGAACAGAAGUGGCAAGUGUCUUGAAGGAAGAUACGAUUGUCAAGGAGAUUGUAAAAUCAUUAGAUCAAGAAUGAUCGAGACAUUUCAUUGAAAUGCGAC